AUGAACGCCCGAAUAUCCCCAGAUCUGGCACGGCACGGCAUACUGGCCAUUCGAGGCAUACGGCAUGCGACAACGGCAGCAGCAAAGCCAGCCGCUGGAAAGCCCGCCGCUGCAAAACGAGCCGCUGCCCCAAGAGAGGAAACAGAUUCCGACCUGGGACGACAAAUAUACGUCUACAAUCACCUGCAAAAGAACCAUGUUGUGUACUCCCUUACUAAGGCUAUGAAGAACAACAAAGCCAUCUCGCAACUCCCCUUCAACGGCAAAAAAACCGUCCCCCGCGCCCUCCGCAAAGACCUCUGGCACCCUCUCGCAACCAUCUCCUUCGCCCCGGGGUCCAGCGCCAUCGGCCUCUCCGCGUACCAGAAGCUACGCGAAUACCGACGACGGCACGAGCUAGAAUGGGACGAUUCGCUCAUGAGGGACACGGAAGGGAAACUCAUACCUAAGAAGAAGCGCGGGCGGCAAUUGAACGACCAGAAGGCGAACAGCAUUGCGGAUAUGGCGGCUGUGCUGGGCCGGCUGGCGCAGACGCCUGUUAUUGAUGCGGAGAGGAUUGGGAUUCAUGGGGAGGGGACUGGGGAGAGGGUCGAGGUGCGGUGGGGGCAGUUGCCCGAUGCGGAGUUUGCGAGCUCGUGGACGGAGAAUGUCGUGCAUGAUCAGUUGGAGAUGCAUAUUAAUCAUCGGGAUAGGGAGAAGGUCUGGGGGCUGAAGAAGCAUUUGACGGAAGAGAGGGAGGCUAAGCAGAAGCGGAGGGAGAAGACCGCGAAGAGGGUUGAGAAGAGGGAUGUCUGGUUGGCGAGGAAGAAGGCUGCGUUAGGGGAGGGUGCGGAGCCUGAGAAGGUUGUAUUAUAA